AUGACCAUUACUGAGUAUACAAGUAAAUUUGAGGAAUUUUGUUGCUUUUCACGCAUCUGUCAGGGAGCUCUUGAGGACUUUGCUGAAUGGAAGUGUAUAAAGUAUGAAGGAGGCCUUAGGAGUGACAUUCAGAGAUUUGUGGCACCUAUACAGAUUCGGAAGUUUUCUGAGCUUGUGAAUAGGAGCAGGGUGGCAGAGGAUUGUGUCAGAAGGGCUGCAGCAGAAAAAGAGAGUCUGAGGAUGCCAUUCCAGAGGACCACAGGGAGGAAUUUUGCACCUAGGGGCAGACAAUUCAAGCAUGGUGGCUUUGUCCCUCAGAACAAUCAGGGGCAAGGCAACUCCAGGAGGCCUAAUGCUAGUGCUAACCAGGGAAGGAGACAGGGGAAGCAGCCACAACAGGAUAUGAGUUGCCACAGAUGUGGGAAGUAUCAUUCUGGGCCAUGCAGGUUUGGGACCGAAGUCUGUUACUCCUGUGGACAGGCAGGACACUUGGCUAACAGUUGCCCCGAGAAGAAGAAGUAUGAGACAGGUAGAAUACAGCAACUAGGCAGAGUAUACACUACUUCUUUUGUAGGUGCUGAGGGGUUAGAGACAUUGAUCAGAGGUAACUGUGAGAUGGCUGAUAAAACUUCGAAUGCUUUGUUUGAUUCUGGAGCUACACAUUCUUUUAUUGCAUUUGAGAAUGCUCAUGAGUUAGGAUUAAAAAUUGUAGUCCUGGGAUAUGAUUUGAUGAUGUAUAAUGCCACCCACGAAGCUAUGAUCACUAGGUUAGGGUGCCCCCAAGUUCCCUUUCGAAUACAACAGUGUGAUUUUGUGCAUAACUUAAUCUGUUUGCCAAUGAUUGGUCUUGAUCUCAUUUUGGGAUUAGACUGGUUAUCCAAGAAUCUUGUUCUACUCUAUUUAUUUGCAAAAACAAUAUGUUUCAUGCCUGAGGACACAGAAGGGCCGGUGGUGGUGAAUAAAUACUAUUUGAAUUCCAUGAUAGUGAACUAUUCUGGGGCCGUAUGUCAAAGAAUAUUGUUGUUAGCUGCGGGUGUUUCGGGUGAUGAUCAGAACUUGGAACAAAUCCUAAUUGUGUGUGAGUUUUCGGAGGUGUUCCCUAAUGAUAUUGAUGAAUUUCCACCGAAACGGGAAGUUGAGUUUGUUAUUGAUUUGGUACCUAUGGCCGGACCAAUCUCAUGUGCUCCUUAUAGGAUGUCGCCUCUAGAAAUGGCCGAAUUGAAGUCUUAA